CAGAGCAGCUCAACCUCCAGCCAAUCCCAGCUGGCAGCGGCCUUCAGGGGUGGAGAAGGACGGCGGAUGUAGAGAGAAGCAUACCUCUGUGGGCUACUUUUGUAAGAGACUCGGUGAUGCAGACUGACAUAUAGACAUAAUUUAAAGAAACCAAUGCACGCACGCACAUGUAGAUGUCAGUCGUUUAGGGUGGCGUAAAGUCAAAACAGGUCAAACGAGAAGAAAAUGCUGUUUUGUUUUUGUUUUUUAAUGAAGUAAAGAUAAGGAGAGCAUAUGAUUUUGUGAUUGAAGAGGCUCCGCUUUUUGCGCGCCGACGCACGCACAGGUGUGCACCUGCAAAACGUUUUUUUUUUUCUGUUUUAAGACUCUUCACUCUCUCCUGCUGAAGCCACCAUGGAGAAAUCGAAAAACUUUAGAAUUGACGCCCUUCUCGCCGAUGACACCAAUCGGGGUGUUCGAGAUCUCUCGCCCGGUCUGAGCAGCGACAGCCCAGCGGGCAGCCCGGUCUCCUGCCGCCGCGCGGAUACUCCUCCUCCGCGCGCCGCGCAACUUCAGACCGGAAUAAUCCCCAAGCAGAGUAUACUAAAUCUCCCUCAUCCAGGACUUGCAUCGCUGCCUCAGGGAGCGAUUCCCGGCAUGUAUCCUGCACCCAUGUACCCAUUAUCGGCGUUGGGUGGACAGCACCCCACGUUCGCAUACACCGGUUUCACGCAGCUAUCGCAGACCUACCCAGAACAUCUGAAGGCGGCUGCCAUGGCUGGAUCUCUGCCCCUAGAGCACUGGAUCCGCGCUGGGAUCAUGAUGCCACGACUGCCAGACUACAGCUCAGGCCCUCAGUCAGGCCUGUUGGGGAAAUGCAGGAGGCCCCGCACUGCCUUCACCAGCCAGCAGCUCCUGGAGCUGGAGAACCAGUUCAAGCUUAACAAAUACCUGUCCAGGCCCAAACGCUUCGAAGUGGCCACGUCGCUCAUGCUGACUGAAACACAGGUCAAGAUCUGGUUCCAAAAUCGGAGGAUGAAGUGGAAGCGCAGCCGGAAGGCAAAGGAGCAGGCCACUGCCUCCACCCAGUCUGAGACAGAGAGACUACGCGGCUCAGGAAAGACAGGCUCCAACAAAUCUGAUGAGAGCAGACGGGCUGUGAACCCUGACGACCGAAGGCUGGAUCUUGAGCUGGAGGAUGGGGAAGAGGAAGAAGAGGGAGAAGAAGAGGAGGAAGAAGAAGUGGAGGCUCACCAGCGGGGUUUUCCUCUUUCUGUGGGUAACAGAGUUGGAAUGCCACAAACCACGGACUUAUUGCAGCGUAGUAAUGAAGUUGGCUACAGUUCCCACAGCCCUUUCUCUGAUGACGAGCUGGACGGGAUGCAAGUAGGUGGAAGUGACAGGAAAACUGGGGCAGGACUGUGAAAACACACCCAAAAAAAAAAAAAAAAAAAACACAUGAAUACCUGAGUGUUACAAACAUGACACCAGGAAACGUGUGUGUUUGUGAGCGAGUACAAUUCUAAAGAUCUUUGCCUCGUAUGCUCUGAGAAAGUUUUUCCAAUCAGGACCUUUGUCGGGAUCAUUCUCACACGCAAACAAAUGUUGAUGUGAUUAUGACACAUGUAUACUAUUGAAACUAUUUGUGAAUAAAAUCAUCACUAUGUAAUCUACAUUGCUGCAGCAUGCUGAAAAAAAAAAGUUCAUUUCCUCCCUUAAUUUUGCUGUUGUCACCUGCCAGGCAUCCUCUGUGGCAGCCUUGUGUUUCCUCCACCCACUGGCAGCAAGUUUUAAAGAACCAGCAAACGCUCCAAAACAUCUACUGUUCCAGA